AAAUUUUUAAACCACCUCAUAGGUUUACAAGUUGUUAAAGUAAAACAGUUUCGACACUUUGGAUCACAUACACACCAUGUCGGCCAACACCCAGUUUUUCUGCCGUCAACCACGUUCUGUGGAAUUAAUACAAGACUACGAGGAAAUAAAAUCCUUCCCCAAGCCAUCUUUAGAAUGCAGAGCUGCCUUAUAUUCAGCCAAUGGUGAAUAUUUUGCCUACACUCAACCAAAUGAAGUUGUAGUGGUGAAAACUACCAAAUCUGCUCCACUUCAAGCUAGACUUGAACUUCAAGAUGUGUUUGAUAUAUUUUUCUCCCCUAAUGGUACCUUUUUAGCUCUUUGGUGUAAACCAAUUUGUUUGGAUAAGGAAAGUGGAGUAUGGACUAAAAACGUUAAAAUCAUUGAAGUAGCUAGUGGUAAUACCGUUCUUGAAUGGUCAAACAAACAUCAAGGUGGUUGGAAACCUCAAUUUACUUUGGAUGAAAAGAUUUUGGCUAAGAAUAAUAACAAUAAGGAAAUCCAUUUUUUUGAUCUUUCCACCGAUAGUCCUAUAGAUCUUAACAAACCAGCUCAUAAAUUCAAGCUGGAAUCAACCAUUGGUUCUUUUCAAAUUAGUCCUGGUUUAAAUCCUUCCAUUGCCAUUUUCAUCCCAGAAAAGAAUGGUCAACCUGCCAGCGUUCUUAUUUAUAAUAUUCCAAAUUUCAACCAACCAAUUUGUUCUAAAAACUUUUUUAAAGCGGAAAGAUGUCAAUUAAAAUGGAAUUCUAUUGGUACUGCCUUACUUGCCUUGGCUUCUACUGAUCAUGAUACCACCAACAAAUCUUAUUAUGGAGAAACUAAUUUGUAUUUAUUGGGGAUUGCUGGAUCAUAUGAUCUGAGAAUUCAUUUAGAUAAGGAAGGUCCAAUUCAUGAUAUUACUUGGUCUCCAUCUGCUAGAGAAUUUGGGGUGAUUUAUGGUUAUAUGCCUGCAAAGACUACAUUUUUCGAUGCUAGAGGUAAUUCAAUUUUUUCAUUACCUCCAAGUCCAAGAAACACAAUAUUAUUUUCCCCACAUGCUAAGUUUGUAUUAGUUGCAGGUUUUGGUAAUUUACAAGGUACUGUUGACGUUUAUGAUCGUCAAAAUAAAUUCCAAAAAAUUACAACUUUUGAAGCAACAAACACAUCUGUAUGUGAAUGGUCACCAUGUGGUAGAUUUAUUUUAACUGCUACUACAUCUCCAAGAUUAAGAGUUGAUAAUGGAUGUAAAGUUUGGCAUGCUACUGGGAAAUUAAUUUAUAUGAAGGAAUAUCAAGAAUUAUAUUCAAUUACUUGGAAACCACAAAAGGUUAGUGAAUUUCCUCCAUUGAAAGUUUUAGAAGCUGCUCCUGCUCCACAUGUAUCUACCAAGGAGUACUUAGAAAAGAAGAAGACUAUUGAAAGUGCCAGUGUCAGCAAGCCAGCUGGUGCUUAUCGUCCACCACAUGCCAGACGGACUACUGGUAGUGUUGCUGCCACUUCUUUACAUCAAUUAGAAGCUAGACGAGUUCCAGGUGCUUCUGUUCCAGGUGCUGUUCCCGGUGCAUCUGUUCCCGGUGCUGUUCCAGGGUCUGCUAGAGCAGGAAAGGCUGCCGUGGCUGCCAAGGUUGAAAGUAAGGCUGCAGCAAAGAAUAGAAAGAAGAGAGAAGCUAAGAAGAAGGAAGGUGAAACUCCAGAACCUGAAUCUAAUGAAGCUUCUCCUGCCCCUAACUCAGAAUCUACCACUGCUGCUACUGCUGCUGCUACUUCUGCUGCCCCAACUGAAGGAGGUAGUGUUAUCGGAGGUGUUGCAUCUAUGGAAGAUAAGAAGGUUCGUUCUCUUUUAAAGAAAUUAAGAGCCAUUGAACUUCUUAAGAUGAAACAAGCCAAUGGUGAAACAUUAGAAGACACCCAAGUAUCCAAGAUCCAAAAGGAAGAAGAUAUCAGAACCGAUUUGGAAAACUUGGGAUGGUCAGAAUAGAAGAUUUCAUCAGGUAGAUGUAUUUAGGAAAGAUGGACU